AUGUCCAGCAGUAACCACGACACCCUCUCCGUGUCCGCCUCACCGGCCCCACGUCUCUCGCCCUUUCCGCAAGAGAUUCUCGAGCGUAUCCUCGGCCACGCCGACCAGCGGACCUGCGUGACGUGCGUUCGCGUCAACUCUGCCUUCUACGAUGCUUGUAUACGGCAGGUCUACACCAUCGUCAAGAUGUUCCCCAAGUCCCGCACCGUCGCCCUUCCACUCUCUGGGCAGCAUGCCACCACUCUCGCAAACUACGUGUGGCUGCUCGACAUCAGUGGCGACCUCAACGGCUCGUGCAUCGCUGCUGUCAGGUACCCACCCCCCAUGCCGAACCGGCGAACCAUCCGCCUCUGUGCCGCGGUUAGCCCCCGCCUUGUUAAGGUAAACGACUCUGUGUGGGGUGGCAUUACGCAGCUUCGCCCGCACACCCUCGUUACACGCGACCGUGCUGGGGCUCCCAACGUUUCUCGCGUCCCUGGUGGCCCGUAUCCCUGGUUUUUCAAGCACGGAACGACAGUGGCCUCUGUCUUGCAAGUUUGCAAGUUCGUGUGCGUCCUAGACGAAGGACUAUCUUUCAGCGACAGCACCCUCUGCUUUCUAAGUCAUGACAUGCCGGUGCGCUCCCUCGAGAGCUUUACCUUUGUGUUUUGGACCAAGUCUCGAAACCAGCCAUGGCAUUGGUCAGCACGCAACCCCGGCGGACCGGGCAACUGGUACCCAAUGUUUCAGGUACUCAUCGACCUCCUCUUAUGCCAACCAGCAACCGAGGGACGCCCGCUCCUCACAAUCGUCAACGCAGGUGCUAUCCCCCAUCUGGGGUUCAUCGGCAUCCCCUCUGUGGGCGGUAUCCCUUCAGAAACUCUCACCUCGCAGCAGAGAGCGACCAAGUUUGAAACGGACCUCAAAGGCGGGUUUAACUACACUUGCGACUACUACGAAGCUGGGAGGCAGCACAUGUUCGCCGGGGGGUGGCAUGCCAGUAUCAGGGAUAGGCAGCACCACAUCCGGUCCUUGACGAUGGACGAGUUUCUCGCCGAGGACAAUGGCGAAGCGUUUGACGAGGGCGAGCUUGCCGGAUGGCGAUGA